UAAAGUGGGAAUUCCAGCUCGGUAUUGCCGGAGAAGAGGAAGAAAAAGAACGACGCGGUGGAGAUGACGACGGCGAUGGUGGAGAAAUACAAAGCAUUCUAUCGCUUGCUCAAUAAAACUUCGAGAACACUUGUUGAUCGCCGAUUCAGACAGCAGGGGCAGUGCGCUCGCGGCGGCUCUGCUGCUUCAGGUCUUGACCAUCGCCCAGACGCAGUUGUAGAGCAACGCGUCUCUUAUCUCGGAUGUCCAAAGCGAGGUUUAUGGACUUCUGCGCGAGCUUCUCUUCCGAGUUUUGUUGACGGAGGCUUCGCGAGGGAUUACCCGAUGAAUCGGUGUAGAAGCUUUGGUUCAGUUGCUGGUGAAAUUCAGAGAAGCUCCAAGUUUGCGACGUUGAACUCUGAUGACGUGGCGCACUUCAAAGAGAUACUAGGUGAGAGAAAUGUGGUUCAGGAUGAGAGGCUGGAAGCUGCAAAUAGUGAUUGGAUGCACAAAUACGUAGGGUCGAGUAGGCUUCUUCUGCUUCCAAAGUCCACAGAUGAGGUUUCAAGAAUUCUGAAAUAUUGUAAUUCCAGAUGCUUGGCUGUUGUUCCACAAGGUGGAAAUACUGGACUUGUAGGUGGAAGUGUGCCAGUUUUUGAUGAGGUUAUCAUCAAUAUGGCUUUAAUGAAGCAAGUGAUAUCUUUUGACAAGAUCAGUGGUAUUUUAGUUUGUGAAGCUGGAUGCAUACUGGAGGAUCUAAUCUCCUUUUUGGAUAACCAGGGGUUAGUGGCUUCUGAACUAUGAUCCUCUGUGGAAGGUUAAUGGAUGACCAUGGUUGCAGAGCCCAUAAAUUAUUGUAAACUCUGUUAGUUAUAUUGUUUAGAAAAUCUUGUAAGGAGAUGGUUCACUAAAUUUUUUUGACGAUGUUCACCAUGUUGUGUGCUCAUAAGUACAGUGCUAGUAAUAGUAUGUGUCUCUAUUCAUGUUGCAUUUAAGUGAGUGAUGCUUUCAUUCAGAUUUGUUAUGCCACUCGACUUAGGUGCAAAAGGAAGCUGUCAAAUUGGUGGAAAUGUUGCAACCAAUGCUGGGGGUUUGCGCCUUAUUCGUUAUGGUUCACUUCAUGGGAAUGUACUUGGCCUUGAGGUUGUACUGGCAAAUGGCGAUGUCCUGGAUAUGCUUGGCACAUUACGAAAAGAUAAUACUGGUUAUGACUUGAAACAUUUGUUUAUAGGAAGUGAAGGUUCCCUAGGAAUUAUUACGAAAGUUUCAAUACUAACGCCUCCAAAGUUGUCUUCAGUCAAUAUAGCUUUCCUUGCGUGUCAAGAUUAUCUGAGUUGUCAGAAACUUCUGCUGGAAGCAAAGAGGAGUCUUGGAGAGAUUCUAUCAGCCUUUGAAUUUAUGGACAGUGUCGCGAUGGAUGUGGUUUUAAACAAUCUAGAUGGUGUUCGGAACCCACUGGCUCCCACUGCGCACAACUUUUACGUUUUGAUUGAGACAACAGGCACCGAAGAGUCCUAUGACAAAGAGAAGCUUGAGAAGUUCCUAGUAGGAUCAAUGGAAUCUGGUUUAAUUUCCGAUGGCGUUCUUGCACAAGACAUCAACCAGGCUUCUGCAUUCUGGCGCUUGCGUGAGGGUGUACCUGAAUCAUUGCAGAGAGCAGGUGCUGUUUACAAAUAUGAUCUGUCCUUGCCUGUUGAAAAGAUGUAUGAUCUUGUUGUGGAAAUGAGAGCCAGACUAGGUGAGUCGGUCAAAGUUGUGGGAUAUGGUCAUCUUGGUGACGGAAAUUUGCAUCUCAACAUUUCGGCUCCAAAAUACGAUGAUGCAAUUUUAGCUCAAAUCGAACCUUUUGUCUAUGAGUGGACAUCGAAUCACCGCGGGAGCAUAAGCGCAGAGCAUGGCGUUGGACUGAUGAAGGCCAACAAAAUCUUCUACAGCAAAUCACCUGAAGCCGUGCGUUACACUGGAAAAAUAAUAAAUCCCUGCUAAUUUACUACAAUUUCACCACAGGUGAUAAUAUCAAGUGAUGUUAUAUAUGUUUGUAGGUUCAACUGAUGGCUUCCAUUAAGAAGUUGGUUGACCCCAAGACCAUACUCAACCCCUACAAAGUUCUUCCUCACUCCCUCAUGUCCUACAGCUGAAAGGGAUGUCAAGCCAUUAUUGGCAUCAAUUCGAUAGCCCAAAGGCCAAAACCCGAAGGGGAUUGAAGAUUUGGUGACUAAGGAUGUUCUUAGUCAAGUCCUUUUUAAUCCUUAGAUCAAGACAUGCUUGCUUGUGCUAGAAGGCAGCUUACUUCGUAGCAACUUCGAGCCUUUUGUUUGAAGCCUUCCAGAUAUCCAAUCUUUCAUCCAAUGCCUUGCCUUUGAAGAAAAACAUACAUAAUUUCAUGUGAUAGAGGCCUCUGGACUCAACCCUCAUCCAUGCUUCUCGAAUUGAGCUCCAAAGUAGGCUUCACAAACACGUUCCCAGACUUAUCCAUUUUCAGGCAGUUUCUCGGUUUUGGCAUAGCCUUUUUAUCAGGUAAAAAAAAUGAUAUUCUGGACUUCCUAUCGAGUUCCAAGCAUUUCAAUGUGUAGAGG